AUGAGCGCCCAAGUUGAACAACCCGUCCAGCCCGCCGCUGCCCCAGAAGAACCCAAGGUUGAGAAUGGAGCCAACGGCGAAGCCAAUGGAUCCAAUGGUGAGGCAAAACCAGAGGAAAGCAAGGAAUCCAAGAAGGAGAAGGAGGUGCCCGUCCCCAUCGACCCCAAGGAGGACUUUGUUGGAUGGGUCGGCCAGCAGAUUCCCAACGCCAUUCACAAGGUAGGCAGGGCGUUAACAACUCUCGUGAUUUACGAGGCUGCACCUUAUGAAUAAUGUUGUUUGUCUACAUUAUUUUACGGAUGACACGGUCCUCUUUGUUUUAUUGUCGCCACAUUAGAUAUCAUGUAAAGGAAUUUCAUAUUAUGAAUAACGGGAUGUUUUAAUCAUAUCACCUGACUAAUGCAAUUUCCCAAGACGUCUUUGUUUUCGAUUCAAGCAUAUUUUUUGGCUUCAAAAACAUGUAUCAUUAUCAUAUUUAUAGUCAUCAUUAUCAAGAUUAUUUUGGUUUCAGUUCAACUUCUACAUUCUCCAAUGGGCAAUCAACUUGGCCUAUGAAGACGAGACCAAAAGACCCAAGCUCCCACCAAAUGAGGAAGUCACCAAGUCUCAGUUCCUGAACUACUUGAAGGACGGACAGAUCCUCGCUCAUUUGGCCAACAAACUCCACCCCAGCUCUGUCGAGAAUGUGAAGGAAGGAGAAGAAGCCAAGACCAAGGAGGCCCAGAAGGAGAACAUCGAAGGAUUCAUCAAGUUCGCCAAGGAAAAGGCCGAACUCAACGAGACCCAGGUCUUCUCCGCCGACGAUCUGUUGGAGAAGGGCAAAGCCGGCUUCAGUCAAGUCCUCAACACUCUCUUCCAAUUGGCUCAUGUCGCCCAGACCAAAUUCCAACAACAGGGAAUCGAUGUGGACACUGUGAUCACCGAGAUCGCCGGCAUCGCCCCCAAGUCGAUCAUCGAGAAGAUCCGGACCUUCGUCUUCAACAAGCUUCGCCGACAGUCGUCGACACAAGAGAAGGAGAAGGAAGAGGCCAAGGAAGAGGAGAAGAAGGAAGAACAGCCACAAGAAACCGCCGAACCAGCACCAGUCACCGAGGAAAAGAAGGAAGAGGUAAGACAAUAGAGCCGGCAAAUUGGUGUAGUAAUUAGAAGGGAAGGGCAUUGUUCGCGAGGUAAUGAGGUUAGGCGGUGGGAAGGCGGAUUAGAGGUUCGGGUUCAAAUUAUUUUGUAAGCAUUAAUAGACGUUGGCAUUAUGAAACUUGUGAGUGAGUAACUCUGAAAGAGAUUUCGAAACACAAAGAGUAUCUAAAAAAGUAGCGUUGAGUAAAUAAAAUAGGUCAGAACAGGGUUAUUAUGAAUUAUCGGGAACACAAUGACUCACUUUUUUUGGAACAACAAUCUAUAAUUACUGAGUAAAAUUUCCAUUAACGAGGCUAGCUAAAGUAUUGAUGACUAAUAACAUCCAAAUUUCAGGCUCCAGCAGUGACGGCUCAAUAA